AAAAAAGUGGAUAAGCGACUCUGUGACCUUAAAACCCGUGGGAUUAGUUGUUUAGGAUUUCCUAAUGUGACAAAGUGCAGGAUUCAGAAAGCAGGGAUACGAUGAGACCUCCUCUCCUGCUCUUUUAUUUCCUCCUCGGCAUGAAUGAAGGCUUUGCAGCAAGCCCCAAACCACGUAGAAGUGUGCCCUUCAAAGACAUGAACUUAAAACAGUUCAAAGUGUCCAAGUUUGGCGGUUUGAGCUCUUUGGUGGUCAGAGACGACAUUGGUCAGCUCGUCCUUGGAGCCAGAGGGAAAGUGCUCACCCUUAGCUUGGACGACAUCACCAGAAAGACCAGUGAGGACAAGUGGACAGUCAGUGCAGCGGACAAAGCCCUCUGUAAGAUGAAAGGCAAGGGCACUGAGGAAUGUGACAACUUCAUCAGGACCCUGCACACAACAGCAGAUGGUAAAAUGCUGGUGUGUGGGACCAACGCUUUCAACCCUGCAUGUGACUACAUGACUUUGACGGAUGGUAAAGUCUCCUUGGAAAGAAAGCCAGUUGUAGGUAGAGGGAAAGUUCCCUUUGACCCGUUCCAAUGUUUUGCUACCCUCAUGGAUGGAAAUGCUUUGUACACGGCCACUUCCUCAAACUUUCUGGGCACAGAAAUAGUGUUCCAGAGACAGGGACUGAACCCUGUCAAGACUGAGAUGAAACGUUCCUGGCUCAAUGAGCCUACAAUGAUUUCCUUAAGCCUUGUUGAAGCUAGCAAAAGCAGUCCUACUGGUGAAGACGACCAAGUAUUCUUGUUCUUCACCGAGAAUGCUGUAGAGGAGCGUCGCGGUAACGUCCAGGUGUCAAGGAUUGCCCGUGUGUGUAAGAGCGACUUAGGGGGCAAAAGAACCCUGCAGAAAAAGUGGACUUCCUUCUUGAAAGCCCGACUGGACUGUCCAUUUGGAGAUGUCGGCUCACCCUCUCUGGUCCAGGACGUUUUUCUGCACCAAGACCCACAUAACUGGAGGGACGGCGUCUUUUACGCCAUAUUCACCUCCAACUCGGAGUCCUCCAGUGCUUGCAGCCAGUCUGCUGUCUGUGCAUACAAAUUAUCAGACGUCAGCCAAGUGUUUAGCGGGAGGUUUCUGACUGAGAGGGACACUGGGAGCUGGGACACGCACACAGGAGAGGAGCCAUUCCCUCAUCCUGGCUCAUGCAUUGAUGACGAAAUGCGCGCCAAAGGCGUGAUGACCUCUCUGAACCUCUCCGACACGGCCCUGCUGUUUGUCAAGAACCACCCUCUGAUGGAGGGGGUGGUUACUCCGACAAGCGGCAAGCCUCUGCUGGUCCAGGCGGCGACACAGUUUUCCAAAAUCCUCGUGGACCAAGUCACAUCACUGGACGGACAACGGCACCAGAUUAUGUUCAUCGGCACAGACUCUGGCUGGCUGCAGAAGGCCGUGAGGUCUGAUGGCGAGGACGGUCGGGUAAUCGAGGAGCUGCAGCUGUUUCAGUCUCAGCAGCCAGUGAAAUUCCUCCAACUGUCCACCAGAACGGGCCAGCUGUACAGUGGCACCAACGACGCUGUUGUUCAGGUUGAUGUAAGGGACUGUAGCCGCUACACAUCGUGCGAUGACUGCCUUCUCGCCAGAGACCCAUACUGUGGCUGGGACCAGAUUAGAGGCCGAUGUACAUCUAUUGUUGGCGUAUCAGCCUUGUCGGUGAUUCAGAGUCUCAGUGAUGGAAGUACCAGGAUGUGCCCAAUCUCUCACUUGAAUAAAGAACCUGAUGUUGUUUACCUCACCAUCGGCCUUGCACAGUUCCUCCAGUGUUCCCCUAAGACCAACCACCCAAUCAGGUGGCAUUGCUCUGGAAGAAUCCUUUAUCCUGGCCCCCGGCACAUUCUAGUCAGCCAAGGUCUCAUUAUCACACCCUCGCUUUCCGAUGCUGGCCUUUACACCUGUGAGACAGCAGAGGCGGUGAAGGGCAGGGUGUACAGGCAGACUGUGAUCCAGUACCUCGUCCACAUUCAGGACUCUGAUUCCGCUCUCAGGAGUAUGGAGAUAGCUGUUAUCUGCUUGGCUGCUUUUGCCAGUGCGCUGACACUGCUCAUAGCAGGUUUCCACCUAAAGGCAAAAAAGCAAAACCACGUCAGUUGUGGCAACUAAAACUGUGACAACAGCAAAUAGAACAAAUGCAGAAUAAGAUGAUAUGGAGAGAGACUAUGGCAACAGCUCUACAGUUUUGAGAUC